AUGCUCUGGGUAGAUGCGUACAGACCCAAGAAACUCGAUGAGCUACACUAUCACCAGGGUCUGACCGAUCGUCUGAAGUCGCUAGCAGCCUCUGGCGACUUUCCCCAUAUGCUCUUCUACGGCCCACCAGGUGCAGGGAAGAAGACGCGCAUUGCUUGCACAUUGAGGGAACUGUUCGGUCCUGGUGUCGAGAAGCUCAAAAUUGACCAGCGCGUCUUCAUGACCCCUUCACGUCGGAAACUGGACGUCAACGUGGUGCAGAGUAACUACCACAUUGAACUUACACCGAGCGAGGUUGGGAACUACGACAGGGUGGUCAUCCAGGAAAUCUUGAAGGAGAUUGCACAGACGCAGCAGGUGGAUCUGAACGCGAAGCAACGGUUUAAAGUGGUGAUUAUCAACGAAGCAGAUUCACUCUCGCGUGACGCCCAGGCCGCCUUACGUCGUACUAUGGAGAAAUACACAACGAACAUGCGCCUUGUUCUAUGCGCUAACAGCACUUCGCGCCUCAUCGCACCAAUUCGCUCGCGUUGUCUGCUCGUGCGCGUUGCCGCACCCAGUACAGAAGAUGUGUGCAAGGUGCUCAAACGUGUGAGUGCUCUUGCGGGCGUGCCACCCGCGCCUGAGGAGUCACUUGAGGAGAUUGCGGUGGAGGCGGGAGGGAAUGUCAGGAAGGCUAUCUUGAUGUUUGAGGCGUUGAGGAUGCAGAACCCAAGCCUGAACGGCCCGUUGACAAUAGCGAAGCCAGAUUGGGAAACAUAUUGCGCGAAGGUUGGCGACAUGAUUGUGGCGGAGCAGAGUCCGCAACGCAUCAUGGAUGUACGGGCAAAGUACUACGAGUUGUUGAGCCACUGUAUACCGCCGACUGUCGUUUUAAAGACAGUAGCCGAACGCGUUGUUGAGAAGGUUGACGAACAUCUGAAGGCGGAUGUAAUGCAUUGGGCAGCUGUAUACGAACAACGUAUGCGGUUGGGUAACAAGAAGAUCUAUCAUCUUGAAGCUUGGACGGUGAAGGUCAUGUCGCUAAUCAAGCACUACUUCUACGACAUCGACCUGACAGGGUUCGACGACUUAUGA